UAAUUUAGGGCUACUUCCGGUGUGUCACAGCCUCACGUUUCCGGGUGCGAAAGCGGUCUCCUAUUCUCGCGAUAGGUGGGAAAGGGCGCAGGGUUUGAAACAUGGCGGACGACGUGGAUCAGCAACAGACUACCAAUACAGUAGAGGAGCCCCUGGAUCUCAUCAGGCUCAGCCUGGAUGAGCGAAUUUAUGUGAAGAUGAGAAACGACCGAGAGCUUCGAGGCAGAUUACAUGCUUAUGACCAGCAUUUAAAUAUGAUCCUGGGAGAUGUAGAAGAAACUGUGACUACGAUUGAGAUCGAUGAAGAAACAUAUGAAGAGAUAUACAAAUCAACAAAACGGAAUAUCCCCAUGCUCUUUGUCCGGGGAGAUGGUGUUGUUCUGGUUGCCCCUCCGCUGAGAGUUGGCUGAGACAAAGAAUUGAGCUUGUAUAGGAAAUUGGAGACGUACAGUUGCCUCUUCAAAUCUACAAAGAGAGAAGCCUGCACACAUUUUGAUAGUAAGAAUUGAUCUAAGGAUUCUUCCACCCUGAAAAAAUUCAUUUUGCAAGUAACUCACAACUUCUUAAGCUAAAUGUCAUUUUCAGUUUUCUUCAGCCCUCCAGUAAAUGUAACCCCAUGGUGCCCUUCUUCAGGAAUCAGUUUGCCCCGUUGUUCUUGCAGUUAGUUUCUGAUGGUUUUUCUUUAAAUUAAAUUUGAUGUUCCCUUUUUUAUUUUGUUUUAA